AUGGCUAAAUUAUGCCCAAAGGAGAAAGCUUUUUGCUUAACAAAAGCUUUACAGGGUCAGUGCUACGGUAACAGCAUAAAAGCAGAAACUUUGAAGCGAACGUGUCCAUGUGCUUGUGACGUUGCACAUUUCGAUCGAAUUCAGUCAUGUUGCAAGACGGUCGGUCGACGAGAAAUGGAAUUUUGCUUGCCGCUAUGUAGAUAUAAUACUACUUUAAAUGAGCUGAAUACGAGUUUGGGCUACAAAUGUGUCUCGCAACUAACUACAUGGGCUUAUUGCGCUGCUGAUGUCAGGGAUAAUACGGCAUGUUGCACGCAGAAAGGCAUCGCCCCAGAUUGUUUGAGCUUUUGCAAGGGUGACGUGCCAACAUGCGACUUGCAAAGCCUUUUCACAUAUCAACCUUGCCUGAGAUAUAUCGAAACGAUCACUCAUUGUCAUAUGGAAAAUUUGCUCUCAGCUCCGCGAUGGGACCCAAAUUGGGCAGCUCGCUGUGAUUGGGAUGAAAGUGAUUGA